AUCAGGUCUCAGGUAAAAUCCAUAUAUUGCAUUUGUUUGGGGUGGCUCUUAAGAGUCUUGUAAUCCAUAUGGUUCAUGCUCCCUUUGUUUUAAAAUGUCACUUUUUAAUUAUAGCAACAACCAUUUGACCCACUUUUGAAUUUGGAUGAUCAUAUGCUCUUUGUGUCAUUUAAUAUAUUUCUUUAUCAUACAUUUUUCCUGAAGACUGGUACAUUUAAGAAGUUCCAGUGAAUUUAUGUUAAAAAAAAUUGGCAUGGUGAUACUAGGGGAAGGAUGCAGUAAUUCAGGGCAGCAUUUAGUUAAAAGAAGGGAGGGAGAUGGCACAUUAGUCUCUAGCAAUAUCAACUGGAAAAGAGCUGAGAUGCUUACACAUUAAGAAAAUUGAGGGUCUCGCUCACUGCAGUCCACCCAUGCUUCUUGUCCUCCCACCACUCAUUUUCAUGCCCACUGCUGCCACCUCCACCUAUCACCCUGGAAGAGGAGAUCCCUGCACUCAUCAUUGAUGAUAACUCUGGUAUAUGCAAGGUGGGCUUUGCUGGGAAUGAUGUCCCUUGUCCCCCUGCCAUAUUCCCAUCCAUUGUCAGAAACCCCCUGCCUCCAAGGUGUUGUCAUGGUGGGCAUUAGCCAAAAGGACUCCUAUGUGGGCAGCAGGGCCCAGAGCAAGCCAGGCAUCCUCCUUAAGUACCCUAUUGAGCCUGGCAUCAUCACCAACAAGGAGGAUAUGGAGAAGAUCUGGUACCACACCUUCUACAAUGAACUUCACAUGGCCCCCAAGGAGCACUACAACACUUCCACCACUGGUAUUGUCAUGGACUCUGGGGACAGGGUAACCCACACUGUGCCCAUCUUUGUGGGGUACUCCCUGCCCCGUGCCAUCCUGUGCCUGGACCUGGCUGGCCAGGGCCUGAUGGACUACCUCUUGAAGAUAUUCGCAGAGAGUGGUUACAGUUUCACCACCACAGUUGAGUGGGAAAUCAUGCGUGACAUAACUGAGAAGCUCUGCUAGGUCAACCUCUACUUUGAGCAGCAAAUGGCCACUGUGGUGUCCUCCUCCUCCUUGGAAAAGAGCUAUGAGCUGGCUGAUAGUCAUCUGAUCACCAUGGGCAAGAAGCGGUACCACUGCCCUGUGGGAUUUUCCCAGCUAUCCUUUCUGGGUAUAGAGUCCUUUGGUAUCCAUGAGAUCACCUUCAACUUCAUCAUGAAGUGUGACUCUGACAUCUGGAUGGACCUGUACUCUAACACAGUGCCGAAUGGUGGGACCACCAUGUACCCAGGCAUCUUGGACAGAAUGCAGAAAGGGAGCACGACCCUGGAACCCAGCAUUAUGAAGAUCAAGGUCAUUGCUUCUCCUGAAUGCAAAUACUUUGUGUGGAUCAGGGGCUCCAUCCUGGCCUCGCUGUUCACCUUUAAGCAGAUGUGAAUCAGCAAACAGAAGUAUGAAGAGUUGGGCCCCUCCACUUCCCACUGCAGAUGCUUCUAAAUGCCUUGCAAGCAGUUAUGUAGCAUUUGCUGCAUGAGUUAAUUCCUAAGUAUAAAUUUACCCUGGCAAAUGUGUACACUUCAUGCUAGCCUCAUAA